GCAACUUAGUAAAAUAAUUACGUAAAGUAUCCCUCGAAUCUUGAUGUUUAUAUGUAGGCUGAUAGAAGCUUUACUCUUCAACAACGAAAUGAAAAGUCCACUCUAGCUUUAUAUAUUUUUUAUUACUGCCACUGUAAUGAGAGUAUCUCACUGAAAGGCAAUAUGCGGUUUAUUCAUCCACCUUUAUUUUCAAGUUUGUGCCGUAGUUCAGCUUCGCAAUCUAUGCUAAUAGCAAUCUUCGUCAAUCGAAGCUUGAUUCUAUACAAACGUUAGUAUGGAGAAUAAUAGCGUAGCAACUUCUGUUUGCGCUUCAUCACGAUCAUUUGGUUCCUUUGACGUCACUGCCUCCACAGUCGUAGAGGCAGAACGCGACGACGUAUCGCCCUGAUAAGAACCGACCUAGCAACUACUAACGCUCGAGUUAGUUUUAUCGUUUUACCGUUAUUAUAACAUGAAAUUGCAUAACAUGCAAUAGCAUCCUGCGUAACUUGGUAUUUGUAAUCCACUGCUAGCUGGGUGGUAUUAGCAAAGUCGUUUUCCCUAAGUAUUGGUGUCAAUUCAUGGAGUGGAUAACGCGCUCGGCUAAAUUCGGAAAGCUCAGUGAGCUGCUAUACAAAUGGUUCAUUAUGAAGACUGUGCUGCCUCUGCGACAACAGCUGUCACCUCGCGUGUAUCGUGUACUUGGUUGCAAUCCAGGUAUUAUGACAUUGCAAGGUACGAAUACAUAUCUCAUUGGCACUGGACGAAACAGAGUGCUAGUUGACACCAGUUCAUCAGAUUAUCCGGAAUAUGUUCAAUCACUAAAAAUCGCUCUCGACGAACUUCAGGUUCAAAUUGAGAAAGUCAUCGUCACCCACUGGCAUCACGACCAUGUUGGAGGGAUCGUGGAUCUGAUGCGCGAAGGCGUAGUCAACACCGCUACCCCCAUCUCCAAGAUCCCCUUUCCACUGAAGGAUGACCCUACCGGCCUGAAAUUUACACCAUUAAGCGACGGUCAAAAGAUUACUGUAGAAGGUGCAACGUUGCAAGUUAUAGCUACACCGGGUCAUACAAAGGAUCACCUCUGUUUGGUGCUUGAAGAGGAACAAGCAAUAUUCUCCGGUGACUGUAUUCUUGGUGAAGGCUCGUCGGUGUUCGAAGAAUUCGGACCUUACAUGGAGUCUUUACGUCGCAUUGAGACGUACUCACCAGAAAUAAUUUACCCAGGCCAUGGGCCUGUUAUUGCACACGCAGUCAACAAGGUCAAGGCCUAUAUAGAACACAGACUGAUUCGCGAGAAGCAGAUCAUGGAAUGUCUUGAGAGAGACAGAGGUAACGGUCUAACAGCAUUAGAGAUCGUGGAGAAGGUGUACGGACAGGAGAUACCCAAGUUCAAGUAUCCGGCAGCUAAAAUCAAUGUUGAACACCAUCUUAGUAAACUAAUUGAAGAUGGCUGUGUAGAGAAACGUAAAAGACAAGAAGGCAUCAUAGGUGUCGAAGACAUAUACGUAGCGAUCGCUAAGUAACACCCAGAAUUGUAAAGAAUAAAGCAACUUGUUAUGCGAUUAGAAAUCAACAAAUUCUUACUCUAUGUGAGUAAGAAUUACUCACAAUGUAAAAAAAAAGAU